CCCGCCCCCCGCCCCCCUUCCCCUCCCAGCCCAUGGUGUCACCUUUUGGUCUCCCCUCUCAGCCACCUGCUUGUCUUCUUUUUUCCCAACUGCUUCACUAAGUGCUUAUAAAUUUUCUAACAAAACACACUUAUGCUGUUUUGGUGUGGAUGUGUUUUUUUUUCCUGCCUACCUCUAGCUGUAAGUCACUUCUAGUACAGAAAAAUCAGGAUGAAAAGAUGGCAGCCAUGCUGUUACCAACGGGUCCUGAUGGCUUGCGGCUGUUUACUCGUGAAUCCUUGGCUGCCUUGGAGCGGCGGAUCGCAGAGGAGCAGGCCAAGAAUGCCAAAGUUUGCAAGGAGGCCCACAAAAACUUGGACUCAUCCAAACCCAGGCUCGACCUGGAGGCAGGCAAGCAACUGCCGCGCAUCUUCGGGGACAUCCCUUCGGAACUUGUUGGGGUGCCACUGGAAGACAUCGACCCGUUUUAUUUCAAGAACAAGAGGACUUUUAUCGUACUUAACAAAGGGAAGGCUAUCUUCAGAUUCAGUGCCACGUCCGCUCUUUACAUAUUCAGUCCGUUCCACUUCAUCAGAUCGAUCGCCAUCAAAAUUUUGGUCCAUUCAUUGUUCAGCCUGUUCAUCAUGUUCACCAUUCUGACCAACUGUUUUUUCAUGGCCAUGUCGGACCCAGCACCGUGGACCAAGCACCUGGAAUACACUUUCACCGCCAUUUACACUUUCGAGUCACUAAUAAAGAUAUUCGCUCGAGGAUUCUGCACAGUUCCUUUCACCUUUUUGAGGGACCCAUGGAAUUGGCUGGACUUCAGCGUCAUUGUUAUGGCAUAUGUGACAGAAUUUAUAGACCUUGGAAACGUCUCGGCACUUAGAACCUUCAGAGUGCUCCGAGCCCUGAAAACCAUCUCAGUUAUACCCGGUCUGAAGACCAUUGUAGGAGCUCUGAUCCAAUCUGUGAAGAAGCUAGCAGAUGUGAUGAUCUUGACCGUCUUUUGCCUCAGCGUGUUUGCACUGAUUGGGCUGCAGCUCUUCAUGGGGCUUUUGCGACAAAAGUGCAUUCGCAGCCUCACGCACUGCGUCGACUCCUCCUAUAGUCCGAAUAUGUCAUUCACCUGCAACAACAGAAGCUGGAACUCCAUGGAUGAUUUUCUCACCAGUGAAGAUAAUUUUUACAAAGUUGAAGGAGCAAAGGAUGCUUUAAUAUGUGGAUAUGGCAGUGAUGCAGGGAAGUGUCCGGAAGGAUUCGACUGCCUGAAAAUUGGAAGAAAUCCAAACUAUGGCUACACCAGCUUUGAUACUUUUGGCUGGGCUUUUCUGGCACUUUUCCGGCUCAUGACCCAAGACUACUGGGAGAAACUAUUUCACCAGACUCUGCGCUCAGCUGGAAAGACCUACAUGGUGUUCUUUGUGCUGGUUAUCUUCCUGGGCUCUUUCUACUUGGUAAAUUUGAUCCUGGCUGUUGUCGCCAUGGCCUAUGAGGAGCAGAAUCAGGCCACCAUUGCCGAGGCCUGGCAGAAGGAGAGGGAGUUUCAAAUGGCCAUGGAGCACCUUCGUCGGGAGCAAAGACUGGCAGCAAAAAGGCAAGCGCAGGAGACGGACUCCAUCUUAUCGCCCGAGUUGUCUCCGUUCUGUACAAAGAUAGGAAGUUUGAGGCGAUGUAGCACUAAGCGAAGACGAUCUCACAGGACGUUAUCAGAAGAAACUGCAGUGGAAGCCGAAGAAAAGCUUGACCCUCUCGACGAGCCAAAGCCUACUUUGUCUCCCCUGCCAGCCCACCCCCUUCUGGCCACGCUCUCCUCUCACCCGCUCAGCACCAGAAGAGGAAGCCAGAACAGCAUCUUCAGCUCAUUUCGGGUGCGCAACAACUCGGAGGCUGACUUCGGGGAUGAUGAGUACAGCAUCCACGGGGAUGCUUUCCGAAGCCGCGCCAGUUCAACCGCAACACACUGGAAGAGGAGAGCGGGCAGUGUGAGGAGCCACUGCUCCCAAGUCUUCACCCCAAGUCUCACAGUAAACGGACGGCUCAACGUGUUAUUAGACCACAACGGAGUCACAGCAGCGGGGCCGCACACCCUCAGCUAUCUCCCUGCUUACAGCAUGGAGGGGAUCAAGGAGGACACAAAGCCCACCAAUGAAGGGGGUAUUGUCCAAAAGCCUCUCCUACAGCCGUCCCCGACAGUGACGGAGCGUCCUCCCGUGCACAGAAAAAGAGGACUGAGCUCUGUCAGCUUUUUCAGCGAUGCCAUGGAUGAGCUGGAGGAGUCCCGACAAAAGUGCAACCCCGGUUGGUACACCUUUGCCAAGAAGUACCUGAUAUGGGACUGCUGCAACUGGUGGCUGAAACUAAAGGAGUGGGUGAAGUUGAUGGUGAUGGAUCCUUUCCUUGACCUUGGCAUCACCAUAUGUAUUGUGUUGAACACCCUCUUCAUGGCCCUGGAACACUACCCCAUGACCGAAGAGUUCAACACCAUGCUCUCAGUGGGAAAUUUGGUGUUCACCGGGAUCUUCACUGCGGAGAUGGUCCUGAAGCUGAUCGCCCUGGACCCUUAUUAUUACUUCCAACAGGGCUGGAACAUUUUUGAUGGCAUUAUUGUUUGCCUUAGUCUGAUGGAGCUGGGGCUUUCCAAUGUUGAGGGGCUAUCUGUUCUUCGCUCCUUCAGACUGUUGCGCGUCUUCAAACUGGCAAAGUCUUGGCCCACCCUCAAUACUCUAAUAAAAAUCAUUGGUAACUCAGUCGGCGCUCUGGGAAACCUGACGCUGGUGUUGGCCAUCAUCGUCUUCAUCUUCGCUGUAGUGGGCAUGCAGCUGUUUGGCAAGAACUACCAGGACUGUGUGUGCAAGAUCUCUCAUGACUGUCAGCUUCCUCGCUGGCACAUGAAGGACUUCUUUCACUCCUUCCUGAUUGUGUUCAGGGUGCUGUGUGGCGAGUGGAUUGAGACCAUGUGGGAUUGUAUGCAAGUAGCUGGGCAACCUCUCUGCAUCCUGGUUUUCAUGCUGGUCAUGGUCAUUGGGAACUUAGUGGUACUGAAUCUCUUCCUCGCCUUGCUGCUCAGCUCUUUCAGCUCUGACAACCUCUCCGCUCCGGAUGAGGACGGUGAUUUGAAUAACAUCCAGAUUGCCAUCGCUCGCAUCCACUCUGGUCUCUCUUGGCUUGCCACAAGCAUCGUCCGCCUCUUCAACCGCACUUCCAAAUGCGGACGCAAGAAAGCCAAAGAGAACUGUCAGGCCAUGGCGCUGGUUUCCAAUCACCUGGAAAGCAACGGCGGAAUUUAUGGACGCUACGGAGAGAAGUACGUCAUACCGGAGGAGGACACUUACAUGACGAACCCAAACCUGACUGUUAUCGUUCCAAUCGCACCGGGAGAAUCCGAUGUGGAAUUUAUGGAGGAGGAGGACAUAUCGGAGUCAUCGGAGGAUGAAGACCACAAAGAUAAGAUAAGCCUUUCAGAAGGAAGCACGGUCGAUCUGAGGAAGCCGGGUGAGGAACUGGAUAAUUUAUCGGAGCUGGCCGAAGAGUGCAUGGAGCCGGAGGAAUGCUUCCCAGAAAUGUGUGUCAAACACUGCCAGUGCUGCGAUAUCAAUAUCAGCCAAGGUCUCGGCCAGGCGUGGUGGACACUGAGAAAGACCUGCUACCAGAUUGUGGAACACAGCUGGUUUGAGACCUUCAUCAUUUUCAUGAUCCUGCUCAGCAGUGGAGCUCUGGCCUUCGAGGACAUCUACAUUGAGAAGAGAAAAGUCAUCAAAGUGAUUUUGGAGUAUUCGGACAAGGUGUUCUCCUACAUCUUUGUGCUGGAGAUGUUUCUUAAAUGGAUUGCUUACGGCUUCAAGAAGUAUUUCACCAACUACUGGUGCUGGCUUGACUUUCUCAUUGUGGAUGUGUCCCUGAUAAGCCUGGUGGCAAACUCACUGGGUUAUUCCGACUUUUCUGCAAUCAAAUCCCUGAGGACGCUCCGGGCUUUGCGGCCCCUCAGAGCUCUAUCCAGAUUUGAGGGCAUGCGGGUGGUCGUGAAUGCUCUGAUUGGAGCCAUCCCCUCCAUCAUGAAUGUGCUGCUCGUGUGCCUCAUCUUUUGGCUCAUCUUCAGCAUCAUGGGAGUCAACCUGUUUGCGGGCAAGUUUGGAAAGUGCGUCAACAGAACCGGCUUCAUCCACAGUUUCCUUGUGAUCAACAACAAAUCGGACUGCUUGGCCAUGAAUGACACUCAGUACUACUGGACAAAGGUGAAGGUCAACUUUGACAACGUGGGACUGGGCUACCUUUCUCUUCUACAAGUGGCAACAUUUAAAGGUUGGAUGGAAAUAAUGCACGCGGCUGUUGAUUCAAGAGGGGUGGAGGAGCAACCCAUCAGAGAAAUCAACCUCUACAUGUACAUUUACUUUGUCGUCUUCAUCAUAUUUGGUUCCUUCUUCACCCUCAACCUCUUCAUCGGAGUGAUUAUUGACAAUUUCAAUCAGCAGAAAAGAAAGAUGAGUGGACAGGAUAUUUUUAUGACUGAGGAACAGAAGAAAUACUACAAUGCUAUGAAGAAGUUAGGAAGUAAGAAGCCACAAAAGCCAAUACCGAGACCGACGAACAUUCUCCAAGCCUUCUUCUUCGAUCUGGUGUCCAAGCAAGCCUUCGAUAUCAUGAUCAUGAUGCUGAUCAUUGUCAACAUGCUCACGAUGAUGGUGGAGACGGACGAGCAGUCGGAGCGCAUGGAGUCCAUUCUCAACAAGAUCAAUUUGGUCUUCAUUGUGAUCUUCACGGCGGAAUGCCUGAUCAAGAUCUUUGCCCUGCGCUGUUAUUUCUUUACGGUUGCAUGGAACAUCUUUGAUUUUGUGGUGAUCAUCCUCUCCAUCGUGGGGAUCGUUCUGGCCGACAUUAUUGAAAAGUAUUUUGUAUCUCCAACCCUAUUUCGAGUCAUCCGCCUGGCGAGGAUCGGACGUGUACUUCGGCUGAUACGCGCGGCCAAAGGAAUCAGGACUUUAUUGUUUGCCUUAAUGAUGUCCAUGCCGGCCCUGUUUAACAUCGGCCUCCUGCUUUUCCUCGUCAUGUUCAUCUACGCUAUCUUUGGCAUGGCAAACUUCGCCUACGUAAAAAAACAAGACGGAAUCGACGACAUGUUCAACUUCGAGACCUUUGGGAAUAGCAUGAUCUGCCUUUUCCAGAUCAGCACCUCGGCCGGCUGGGACAACCUCCUGAGCCCGAUCAUGUCCAGCUCCCCGGAGGAAUGCAACGUUGAUUUUGUCAAUACGGGCACAAACACCCGAGGGAACUGCGGCAGCCCCUCCGUGGGCAUCGCUUUCUUUGUAAGCUACAUCAUCAUCUCUUUCCUGAUUGUGGUCAAUAUGUACAUCGCCAUCAUUCUGGAGAACUUCAGCGUCGCCACGGAGGAGAGUACAGAUCCGCUGAGCGAAGAUGACUUUGAGAUGUUUUACGAGGUCUGGGAGAAGUUCGACUCGGAGGCCACGCAGUUCAUCGAGUUCUCCGCGCUGUGCAGCUUUGCGGACACUCUGUCGGAGCCGCUGCGCAUCGCCAAGCCCAAUAAGCUCAAACUGAUCUCCAUGGACCUCCCCAUGGUCAGUGGCAAUAGAAUCCACUGCCUGGAUAUCUUGUUUGCCUUCACCAAGCGAGUGCUGGGAGAGUCGGGGGAGAUGGAUGCCCUCAAACAGCAAAUGGAGGAGAAGUUCAUGAUGACCAACCCUUCCAAGGUUUCCCACGAGCCCAUCACUUCCACGCUGCGGCACAAGCUGGAGGAGGUGUCGGCCGUCAUCAUUCAGAGGUGUUACAGGAGGCAUCUGGUGCGCCGGCAGAUGAAGCAGGCCUCUUACCUUUACAGACAAAUCAACUAUGAGUCGGUCGUAGAUGUGGAAAACGCUCCUGAGACAGAGGGGCUCAUAGCAACUAUGAUCCAUCACUACGGGCCCCCGGGAGGGCAAUUUUUAGAGACUACAGACGGCUCGCUAAUGUCCUCGCCACCUUCUUAUGACAGCGUGACCAGGGCGGCCGGUGACCUUUCGGAUGUCAUCGGAUUAUUAGCCGCGGACUCUGAACUGGGGGAUCCGCAUGAAAACUACGAAGAAACUUUUCUUUGAGGUCAGUUUAAGUCGGGUAUGUUUGCAGGGAUAUUAUUAGGGUUUUUUUCCCCCGCAAAAAUACGCUUCAAGCCAUUCAGGUCCAAGGAGAUUUGCCUGUUUUAAUCUGAAUCAUGCACAAGUUUAGACUGUGUUUGAAAUGAGUAUAUUGUCAUAUUGAAACCGUGGUGGGGAGUUUGAGGGCCUUACUCCUAGAAAUACUGCCGAAAUGUUCCUUGGUUUAAACAAUGCCUGGGAGCAACUGAUUGAAUUGAGAUUACAAAAUUAUUUCCAUGUUCAUACAUGUUGUGACAUUUGUGUUUGGUGGCGUGCGGUGACAUUUCUCUUUUGUAAAUGGGUGCCUUGGCUCAACGAAGGUUGGGAAACACUGUCGAUGUGCAUCAUACUGAUAGGUCAUGAGGUCAAGUUGCUCACCGAAAUAGUACAAACACCUCUCAGUAGGAAAAAGUACAGGUUGAGACUCAAGACAAUCGUUUGGUUUGUGAUAAUAUUUUCAUUUCUUUUUUUUUUUUCUACUGCUUUGACCAUGCGGUGCAGCACUGUUUGUUUAUUAGUUAGUCUUAUUUUAUCCGCUAGUCUAUUUUAGAGAUCACAAUGCUUUGUAGAGUAAUUAGCGACUAGCUAAAAGCUGAUUGAAUCAAAUGCUGCCAAUUGAGCAAUAUAGAGAAUGUUGUACUUUGUCGUUAUUUUUCAUUCUUUUAAUGGAUGUGUUCUUUCUUUAUUCGCCAAACUUUGGAAUUCUCACCCAGGCAGCGCAUGCAGCAUUGCAGCAAGCAAUGGGCCGAGGAACAAGCACCAAAAAAAAAAAAAGGACAAAUGCGGACAUUGUGGCUACGCGGCCACCUCAAUUUAAUACAAAAUGGAAUUUGUUUUGAAGUCAGUUUUUUCCUGCCCCUCGUUGCAAUGUAAAAAAAAAAAAACACCUAAACUGUUGAUUGAUGAUUAAUUACUUCAUAAAAAACCUGGGUGUGUAUUUUACAGAGCCCUUUGUCAAAUGACACGCUUUGUACUGUCUACUGCAUAAAUAGACUCCAAAGACAAUGUUUUUCAAAUGGAUUCCAUGAACAACCAAAACAGAAAUUCAAUGAAAUGGUCUUCAUCAGAAUUUUUGUCUCCUAAAGCAGUUAGAUUUUCUCUCGCUAUGCACAUCACAAGCUCAGUUCAUGUGCCCAAUACAAAGAUCAGGGUGUAAAAAAAUCCAAAAGCAUGUGCCUGAUUUUGACUGUUGUCCGCACACUUCUCUGAAUCUCUUUGAGGCCGUUUUAUUGGACCGUUGGAUGCAGCUGCAGGAGAAGCAUGGAUGACAUUAAGAGCGAAUUUUGUAAUAUUAAUCAUGUAAAAAAAAAUAUAUAUAGCAGUUGUACAUAUAAAGGACAUUUGUAAUAAUUUUGUAAUUAAACUAAUGUGUACUAUGUAUAUAUAAAUAACACUUAAUUGACAUGCAUGGCUGUCACAUAACAUCAAAUUAUAUGCAUACAUUCUGUUCAUAUGCUAAUUUUUCUAUAUUUUCCUUAAGAACUUGCUUGUUUGUAUUGCAUUUAGGUUGUAUCGACUAAAUGUAAUAAAACAUCUUUUCCACA